GCCCUCGCGCUUCCUCUUCCCGGCGUCGCCUGUUGCUCCGGGCGGCCAAGAUGGCGGCGCGCUGGAGCAGCGAGAACGUGGUGGUGGAGUUUCGGGACUCGCAGGCAACUGCUAUGUCAGUAGACUGCCUUGGACAGCAUGCAGUGCUCUCUGGGCGUCGUUUCCUAUACAUAGUUAACCUGGAUGUGCCGACCGAAGGUCACCGCAAGAUCUCACGUCAGAGCAAGUGGGACAUCGGAGCUGUCCAGUGGAAUCCACAUGACAGCUGUGCAUACUACUUUGCAGCUUCAAGCAAUCAACGAGUUGACCUGUAUAAAUGGAAAGAUGGUAACGGGGAAGUUUGCACAUCACUGCAAGGGCACACACGUGUGAUCAGUGACUUGGACUGGGCAGUGUUCGAGCCUGACCUUCUGGUCACCAGUUCUGUUGACACAUACAUCUACAUCUGGGAUAUCAAAGACACCAGAAAACCUACAGUCUCACUUUCUGCAGUCGCUGGAGCUUCCCAGGUCAAAUGGAACAAGAAAAAUACAAACUGCUUAGCAACCAGCCAUGAUGGAGAUGUUCGUAUAUGGGACAAACGGAAACCCAGCACUGCAGUUGAGUACUUGGCAGCACAUCUUUAUAAAAUCCAUGGCCUAGACUGGCAUCCAGACAAUGAGUAUACCCUGGCUACCUCUAGCCAGGACAACUCUGUCAGGUUCUGGGAUUACCGUCAGCCUCGGAAAUACCUCAAUAUCCUCUCCUGCCAGGUUCCAGUCUGGAAGGCAAGAUACACGCCUUUCAGCAAUGGGCUGGUGACAGUGAUGGUUCCCCAACUCCGGCGGGAAAACAGCCUCCUCCUUUGGAAUGUUUUUGACCUGAACACACCAGUCCACACUUUUGUGGGACAUGAUGAUGUAGUGCUGGAGUUUCAGUGGCGAAAACAGAAGGAAGGCUCCAAAGACUACCAGCUAGUCACAUGGUCUCGUGACCAGACCCUGAGGAUGUGGCGGGUGGAUUCCCAACUGCAGAGGCUGUGUGCUAAUGAUAUCCUGGAUGGAGUUGAUGAGCUCAUAGAUGGGAUUUCUCUUCUGCCAGAACCCGACAAGACUCUCCAUACCCAGGAUUCUGAACCACAGCAUAACUCCGGGCAUGGGGAUGAGGAAGCCUUAAAAGAAGACUUUGAGAACAAACUUCUGGCAGGAAAGAAAUCAGACCAGCCAGGUCUGCCGCAAACGCUGCAACAAGAAUUUUCCCUGAUCAACGUGCAAAUCCGAAAUGUCAAUGUGGAGAUGGAUGCAGGGAAUCGUAGCUGCACAGUGUCUGUACACUGUGGCAGCCACAUAGUCACGAUGCUGGUGAUGUUCCCUGUACAGUAUCCCAAUAAUGCUGCACCUUCCUUCCAGUUUGUCCAGCAUACCAAUAUCACUCCUCCAAUGAAAACAAAGCUGCUUAAGGUCUUACAGGACACUUCUUUGCAGAAAGUGAAACGGAACCAGAGCUGCCUGGAGCCUUGUUUGCGUCAGCUGGUUUCCUGGCUAGAGUCUGUUGUGAAUCAAGAGGACAGCACCACCAGCAAUCGGUAUGCUCUGGCAAACUCUGUAACACCACCCUUGCCUACAUUCGCCCGGGUCUCCAAUGCCUAUGGGUCAUACCAGGAUUCCAACAUCCCCUUUCCACGGACCUCUGGAGCCAGGUUCUGUGGUGCAGGUUACCUAGUAUAUUUCACAAGACCCAUGACAAUGCACCGGGCAGUUUCUCCAACAGAGCCCACUCCCAGAUCUUUGUCUGCUUUAUCAGCCUAUCACAGUGGGCUGAUCACACCAAUGAAGAUUCGUACAGAGACUCCAGGCAAUCUGCGUUUGUACAGUGGGAGUCCCACUCGCAGCGAGAAAGAGCAGGUCUCCAUCAGUUCUUUCUACUACAAGGAGAGGAAAUCAAGGAGAUGGAAAAGCAAACGAGAAGGGACAGAUGCCAACAACCGACCCAUCAAAGCUGCUGGGAAAGUCAUCAUCCAGGACAUCUCUUGUCUGCUUCCUGUGCAUAAAUCGCUAGGAGAGCUAUACAUACUGAAUGUGAAUAACAUUCAGGAGACCUGCCAGAAGAAUGCAGCCUCAGCCCUAGCAAUUGGACGUAGGGAUCUUGUACAGGUUUGGUCUCUGGCUACAGUAGCCACCGAUCUUCGUCUUGGGCCAAAACCUGACCCAGAUUUGGAGAUGCCCUGGGCCCAACAUCCAUUUGGACGUCAGCUGCUGGAGUCUCUGCUGGCUCAUUACUCUCAGCUCCAUGAUGUGCAGACAUUGGCUAUGCUGUGCAGUGUGUUUGAGGCCCAGUCCAGACUGCAGGGAUGUCCAAAUUCAUGUGCACCCUUCCCUCAGCGCUCUUGCAACAUGGUCUCCCACAGCCGAUAUCCCAGCUUUACCUCCUCAGGCUCCUGUUCCAGCAUGUCAGAUCCUGGACUUGGCACUGGAGGCUGGAACAUAGCAAGCAAAGAGUCAGAGCAUUCAUCCACUCCCUGGUGUGAGUCUUCCCCUGAAGACUUCCGCUUCGGAAACUUAACAUACACUGACCAUCGAGAGCGUGAGAAAGAUCAACAUGAAAAAAACAAAAGGCUCCUGGACCCUGCCAACGCUCAGCAGUUUGAUGACUUCAAGAAAUGCUAUGGAGAAAUCCUUUAUCGCUGGGGUCUGCGAGAAAAGCGAGCUGAAGUUCUAAAGUUUGUCUCUUGUCCCCCAGACCCUCACAAGGGAAUUGAGUUUGGGGUGUACUGCAGUCACUGCCGCAGUGAAGUGCGGGGCACCCAGUGUGCCAUCUGCAAGGGCUUCACUUUCCAGUGUGCUAUCUGCCAUGUGGCAGUGCGAGGCUCCUCCAAUUUCUGCUUGACCUGUGGACAUGGGGGACACACCAGUCACAUGAUGGAAUGGUUUCGCACCCAGGAGGUGUGUCCCACUGGCUGUGGGUGCCACUGCCUGCUCGAAAGUACAUUCUGAAAACACCUGGCAAGGGCAGAGAAAAUCAGUGGAACUAGAUUCGAUACUUCACUCCUAAGCUGAGUUCCUUUUCACAGCAUCUGGCAAGAACGCUCAGUAGAGCUGAAGUGGGAUUUUUCUGGUUGUGCAUUGCAGUGAUAUAAAUAAGUGCUUCCAGUCUUCCAGCAGCUUCCCAGAUUGUGUGAGCUGAGAUGACCAUACUUCCUGUAUUCAUUGCUGGCAAUGGAUGCUGUACCAGAAAAAAUAUGCUCUGCUACAGAAGGAUGAGUUGUGGUUAGUUUCCAUUGGCCAAAGGGGCAUCUUUAAUUUCUUUUGCAGAACACCUGUCUCAGCUGGCAGGGUCAAAUUUGCUCAGAAUUUUUCUGGAUGCUUCCUAGCAAGAGACCAAGCUGGACAAAAAAACAAAUUCCUGUUUCUUAAAAGUCAGAAUAGUUCACAGGCACAAUGGGGUUUCAAAUCUGUCUCUAUUGGAAGAGCAAAUGGUCAGUGGACUUCCAUGCUAAGACACUUCAGUACCAAGGAGUUGGAGGAAAAUGCUAAUAACUUUUGUUCUGAUCUGCCAUUUAUUGACCUAAUAGUUCUGUUUGUCAUACAAAAGGAAGAAAACUACCUUUUUUUAAAGACUGUUUCCUAAAUAGCUUCUUAUUCAGCAGGUCAUUAUCCAUAGCUGGUAUAAAAAUCCCAGACACAUGGCCAAGGUCACUAAGUUGUUCCCUUCUAGCAAGUUUAGCAUUUAUUACUCUUGGGGGGGUUCCAUUUUGUUCCUAUUGGGUGGAAAGAUGCACUUUAAGUCACCUAUCCCUGCCUUGUCAGAAAGACACCUUAGUGGCAGGCAAGGGCUCUGUAUGCCUGGGCCUUGGAUUAGCUCAGUCCCUGUGGAGUGAUGGGUCCUGCCUCUUCCAGUCUGAGAUCUGCUAUAUGAAUAUGUGUUUGGAAGUGUGCGUAGGCACUUCAGAAAGCUUCUUCACUCCCUGUACGUGGAAAAACAGGGAUGAAGGUCCAUGAGAGUCCUGUUAGCUGUCUCUUGUACCUUUAUCAGGGCUCAAUGUAUAAUUGAAGACUCAUUUCUGGAGAAAGCUUGUGAACUUGUGUGUUGGAGCUUACUAAAUAGUGUGGCAGCAAUUUCAGGAAGAUGGCAAGAAAGUCUGCCUGUCAGAUGGAAUGCUGGGAUUUGCAGAGGUGAUACAUUUCCUUUUUCACAGAAGUUCAUAUGUGAAGAUUAAUUUGCAAUUACCAGUUUCCUUUCCAAGGGACCAUGUGUGCAUCUGUUCACUUAUGCAGAUGCUACUUAUAUUUAGGCAACUGUGAAUGUAAAUCAGGCUUGCAGCCUGAACAUCUGUUAGGUUGGACUGAGUCCAAGCUGCUUGUCUCAACCUUUGACCCUAAGCAAAUAAUUGUCAGUCUUGUCCUACCUAGAAUUGGCUCUCACCUUGGUGACAUCACAGGAAUACUUCCCUUUGAGUCCACCUCUGUACAUUAAUAUGUUUCUUAUCUUCUGAAAUGCCUCAUCCUAAAUAAGGCAUUGAAAUCCUGUGAGUAAACUGAUCAUGUAUCCAAGUAAUAAAAUUAUUUUUUUAACUUGA